AUGGACUCAUCAGGGUCAGGAACCUCAAAUGCGCUGGUACGCAAGCGGACAGAUACGGACUUGAUGCCCCCGCCUCCUCAAGCCAAAAAGAUAAAACGACCCAAGAAGGUACUUGACGAAGACACUUACACGGAAGCAUUAUCCCAAAUCAUCGCCCGGGACUUCUUCCCAGGACUCCUUCAAACUGAGAUACAGCAAGAGUAUCUGGAUGCACUGGAGUCAAAGGAUGCUGCCUGGAUCUCAAGUGCGGGCCGAAGACUUCAGCAUGUUAUGACACCGGGACGCCGAAAUGCACCUCUCUCGGCACAACCGAAUUCCUUCACUGCUGGUGAUCGCACACCUUCAACGUAUGGCGGUGAUACGCCAGCUUCAGUUACCUCGAAUGUUCCGGAUCCGCAGCCACGGCUAGGAGCCAACAUGAGCCUGACAAAAUUUCAAGAUACUUACACAAGUGAGGAUAAUGAAAGCUUUUACAAGCUUGUCGACAAACAGAAUCAGAAAAAGGCAGACAAAUAUGCCUGGCUUUGGCGCGGUAACAAAUUACCAUCAAAGCAAAUGAUCAAACAGAAAGAGGUUGAGGAUCGACUGAGCCAAACCCGAAGCCUCAUCGAUGACGGAUUCAAGAAAGACUUGCUGGCCAUCAAGGACAAAGAUGACCGUCCGGCUCGCCCGGAUUCCUGGAAUGCCAACCCUCGAAACAGUUUGAUGUUCAGACCUGACGGGUUAGACGAUGGUGUCCUCACCGUUUCUCAGAAGGCCGAAGAAUCCUCAAGGAUGGCACCGAAGUCGAUAGUCUACGAGAACACGAGAAUGCCACAACCGCGCAUUACACCAAGACCGCCAUCUCCAACCAUGUCAGCGGUGCGAGACGCCAUUGCCGGCAAGCCUCGGAAAGAUGAUCGAGACUCUAGCAUUGUUAGCGGAGGCGAGACACCAAGAGUUAAUGGGUAUGCUUUUGUGGACGACGAGGAUGACGAUGAUGAUGAUGAGCCAAUCCUUCCUGCUCCUAUUAUCAACCUAGGCCCGGGAGAUGCAGCUCCAAGCCCCUUCCGCUUGCAAGAGCAACGCGACAGAGAAAGUCUACACGAACGCAUGGUGGAGAGGAUAUCCCAGUCGAAGAAGGAAUCUUCAAGGAAUGGACUUACAGGGAGAGUUGACAAGACGCCGGUUCCAAAGUUUCCUAGUAGUCCUCGGGUCAAUGGUGGACUUACACCUGCAGCGCAAAGGCUUUGGAGUAAGGUUGGCACCCCUGGACGUGGAUCAAGUGGGAGCUCAUUUGGAAAUUCCAAGCCCAUGACUCCCAGAGGAUCACUUUUGAGAUCAGUGAAGAGGCCUGGCUCAAUAUCUGGAAAGAAGUAA